GAUGGUAGUUGUCACUAGAAUAGGGUUCGCACUAUAAAAUGCCUUACGCAGUGGUGUUGGUUUGCAUUUCGAGGGUAAUUAGCUUUUCCCUCAUUGCAAACCGUUAUAGUUUUCCAGGCUUCGCAUUGAAACUCUCCCCGUGCUUUUUAAUUCCCCGCACCCUUUCGGCAUUUCUUAGGGUUCCCUAAGGGGGCAAGGCUAAUUCUGGGCCAUCGUGUUGGGUGCGCUGUUGUAACUGAAUUUACGCGUUUUUGAGUAAUAGGGGUCUAGCAAUGACUAAUUGUGUGUGGCGGGUACGGCACUUGUAUUGUCUUUUCUCUUUUAUUAUUUGCGCGGCCCUUUACUCGCGCCGUUUACCGAUAUGGUGUUUUUUA